UUUAUAUACAGCCCGCUUUUGGUAUCGAAUAUUUGCUGGGCUAACCCUUCUCAAGUAUAUAUUUCUCACGGGUGAAUAUAUAUACAGUAUAUAUAUCCGCACGUGAGCUGCACCCACACGUGACCAUGAAUAUUAAAAAUAUGCUCGCGAAGAUCGUGUGUUUAGCGGUUUAUCUUACACUCUUUUAGGGCCUCAUCACCCCUUUUAGAGUAAAAAAAAUGAUUUAAUGGAAAUAUUUCACCAGAACACCUGCGACCAUUUAUACAAUCUACUUAAUAGUGGUCGAAGAGGCAGGAUGAUCCGUGUGUUCUUGAAGUAAAGGACGAAAAUCCACAAGCGUUUUUUUGCCAUAUCUUUUUGUUCACUGGCUACCAAACUGGCGAAAGUUGUCUCAAACGUUUUAUUGGUCAAAAAACACAGAUAUACUUUAUUGUCUAUGACCAUGCAUGUCUGUGUCUCUGUGUCAGUGAGAACUCAUCAAAACUACGCGUGCUUUACACUAAAAGAUAUGAAAAGAAGAGAGCAGAACGAAGACAAGAACAAGGCCUUCCAGACCAAGGAUGAGUCAUUGGCAUCUCAACGAUUAUCAAAAAAGCGAAGAUUGUCUGCUCCAGAUGAAAUAAAAAAUAAAGAUGAUUACCGAACAUCAAAAAGACAAUGGAUUGAAAAGAGUCCUGAAAACAGCCCAUCUGCUUCCUCCGACUCUGACGAUUCCAGCUCAAGCUCAAACUCUAGUAGUAACUGGAGUUCAUGGUCUUCAGAAGAUAGCAUCCCAACUGAGAUGCCAGGAGAGAAUCUGGCGAAUGUUACUUCUGAUGCGGAAGAUCUUCGGAAAACUAAGGAAGAAGAGACUGUUGUUCUUAAGAAUUUGGAUAACUUCUGGUUUAGUCUGCCCGCGGGAGAUGCACGCAAGCAAUUGCAAACGACAAGAACACAAGUUAGUCAGAACGCCUGUUCAUUGGAAACAUUAAGGAAACGAUGUGGUAAUGUGGAAAAGCUAAUGGAGUUACCGUGUGUUUUAUCUGUUGGCUACUGCAAGGAAGAUUCGAAAUUCAGGGUUUUUGUUACCGAUCCCAGUAAAGCACUGGAAUUGUCGAAAGACCUGGCAAGCCCAAACAUUGAACUAGUCGAGGCAAGAAGUUCGUACUUAAUGUAAGGUUUGUUAUUCAGGUUUUAUGCAUGUGUGUAGGUAGUGAAUUGUAUCUACAUGACCGUCCUUGUAUUUAUUGAGUUAUUAGGGCUUUGUUGGGAAAUGGGAAAUGUUGUAACUGAAUGACUAGAAUAUAGCCGUGCAGAUGUCACCAAACAU